AUGCAUGCGCGUGAGAUCAGCCGACUGUUUCGCCUCUCCCCGCACGGGGAUCUCGCGGGUCUUCUUAUACGCCGCGAACAGCUUCCCCAGCGCCGCAGCAUCCAGCAUCCGGUCCGGCGCAGCCUCCAGCAUAGCAUGCAGCUUAUUGCACAGCACGACAACAUCCUGGAUCCCGCUGUUAAGCCCGCGCCCCGCAUUCGGCGUAUACUUAUAGCACGCAUCGCCCGCCAGCACGAUCCGCCCCCAACUCCAGUGCCGCAGCACGCCCUCCUCCAGAUUCGCCAUGCCAGCCGUCACCCUCGCCGCCCAGACAUCCUUCACCUUCAACCGCCUCGAAAUCGGAUACUCCGCAAACCGCUCCACAAACCGCUCCAUAUCCGCCGCCGUAUACACCACCCGCCGCCGGCUCGGCUCCGUCAGCCGCUCGUAGCAGAAGAUCCAGCCGCGCUCGCGCCCCGUGAUGAACAUGACCGAGUGGCCCGCCGCCUGCGUCUCAUAGUUCUUGCCCGCCCCCGCCUCCGCCGGCCGCGGAAAGCUGCACCACAGACACCGGUACGCCGCCGUGAACGGCGGCUCCGCGUCCCAGUCCGCCGCCCGCGCAGGGUCCUCUGCCAGCGCCAGCGCCCGCAUCGCCGCCCGCGUCGCGCUGUGCACCCCGUCCACGCCCAGCACCAUCGUCCCCGUAUAGCUGCUGCCGUCGCCGCAGGUAACCCGCACCCCGUCGGCGGUGGACUCGAUGUCCACGACGCGCUUGUUCAGCUGGUAGCGCUGUUUGGCGGGCGCCGGCAGUCCGUCGUAGAGCGCCUCGACGAGCUGCGCGCGGUGGAACGCGAGCGGGCCGCUCCCGUGGCUGCCACCCGUUGUUAG